UCUCGUUGUUUUUCUAAUUUUGUAACCUUGUUUUUAUAAAUGUGUUUUAUUCCUAUGUUUCACCUCUAGUGUUAGGUGAUUGGCCUUUUGUAUUAUAUUCCGCAGUUUAUGCUGCCUUUAUUUUUAUUGAAUGUAUGGUGAUCUUACCUGAUCUGACCUAGCCUUUUUUGUUUGCAUCUCUUCUUGUACAGCACUUGGUCAGCUGUCAUUCUGUUUUUUUUUAAUCUGCUUUAAAAUAAAACCUGUAUGGUGUGCUAUGGUAUGGUGCAUAUACCAAAGGUAGGUAGGUAAGAUCACCAUACAUUCAAUAAAAAUAAAGAAAAUAAAAGAAAAAUGUGCAUCCAUCAAAAUGUGAUUCUGGUAAAACAUAGUGCCAGAUGUGCUGCAAUUCUUUUAAAAAAAGCUUACUGUUAUGGAAAGAAAGUCAGAUUGAUUUUUUUUUAAAAUUAUUCUGGCUGAAGACUUUUAUCAAAAGAGCAGAUGGACAAAGCUGUGCGGGGAUGACAACACAGACAAACGUUCAUCGUUUCCUGCCUUCAGUAUGGUAUUAGUUAGUUUAGACAUGCAUAUUUUAAAAAAAGAACAUUAUUUGACAGGAGUCAAACAUGGAUGUCAGACGAAGGCAUAACGACCGUUGUGUAUUAUUUGGAAACAAAAACCAUUUUAUCUAAUGGUAUUUACCAAAGCUAGUGAAAUAUACAGUCCUAUUUAUUAUAUUUUAGACAGUAAAAACGAAUAAGGAUGACAGUGGCACAGGAGUUAAGUACUCGUCCCGUAAUCAGAAGGUUGCAGGUUUGAGCCCUGCUCAGUUUGUCGCUGUCAUUGUGUCUUUGGGCAAGACAAUUAACCCACCUUGCCUGCUGGUGGCGGUCAGAGGGACCGGUGGCACCAGUGCCCAGCAACCCCGUCUCUGUCAGUGCGCCCCAGGGCAGCUGUGGCUACAUCGUAGCUCAUCCCCCACCAGCGUGUGAAUGUGUGUGAAUGGAUGAAUGACUGAUUGUAUUGGAAAGCACCUUGGGGGAUUCCAGGGCUCUAGAAGGAGCUAUAUCAAAUACAGGCCAUUUACCAUAACCAUAGAAUUUUCUGCCCUUACCCCCAACUAGGCUGGUACUUCAUUACUUAUUCAUUAGCAGUUUGAAAUUAUGCAGUUGUUUCAAAUUAAAAUUUAAAUAAUAAAAAAAGACAUCUAUAGGGAGCCUUAGUCACGCCCAUCUACUUCCGGACCAUGGGUCCCUGGAAGGACCAAAAAAUGAUGGUUUUCACAUAUGAUGUCCAUGUAAUUUAAAGACACAUUCUGAUGCCAAGAACGGGGGGAAAAGUUAUUUUAAGUUUGAAAAUGUGUCCAGGACUACAAAUGCGCAUCACCAUAUUGACGAGAAGAGCAGAGGAAAAUGGCUGUACGUUCAGGGAACUUUGAAUCCUUGCUUCAGGAGGAAAGAACCACCAUAAAUGUGGCCAUUUGGGGAGGAUCGAUAUGAUAGCUACUCUCGCAUGAUCCUGAAGUACUUUCUGGCAGAAGGAGUAGUGUGUCGGCAUGAACUUUUCGUGGCAGCGGCUCAGGAUAACCCUGAUGACAUCUUACAGGAACUCCCAGCACCCAUCUUGGAUGAUGUUGCUAUUCCCAAAGCUGUGGAGCAGCCCAGGCUACCUUGUGAACCACGGGACAGUUUGGAGGCCAUGAACAUCGCUUGGCGUUAUCAGAAUCUUCCUAAAGUGCAGAGUUUCCUGGCUUCCUCCUCCCGGUUUGGUCACUACUAUGACGUCUCAAAAACGAUGGAACCAGAAAUCCGCCUGGCAGCCAAGUGCCACAGCUUCUACCCUCCAGAACAUCUCUCCCAGUCAUCAAACACACACAGCCCCAUGCUUGAGUCUUACUCUGCAUUACUGAAGUCACUUCAGGAGGUCAUAAACAGAGAGGGCUUUGAUUUGACCGCCCCCAUGUCCAAGUCACGUAACAUCUUGCGUGUUGGGCUCCACUCACUUGGCUCAGCUCUGUGGGGUGAUGACCUGAGUUGCCAUGACAACCCUAAACAUCGGCACGCCCUGACUACCUUUCUUUACGGACUACGUGCCUUAAUGAGGUCUUCGCUGUCAGUUGCCGUGGUUACCCUGCCUUCACAUCUCAUCCAGGACAGAGCUCUAAUGGGCAGUAUCACCAGGCUGUGCGACAAUGCCAUAGCCCUGGAAUCGUUCAAAGGCUCUGAGAGGGAGACCAACCCUCUCUACAAGGACUACCAUGGCCUGCUACAGGUUCUCCAGGUACCUCACCUGAACUGUCUGGCGAGCCAGCUCCCCGACCACAAAGACCUGGCCUUCAAGCUUAAGAGAAAACAGUUUAGUAUCGAGCGGCUGCAUUUGCCCCCGGACUUGUCCGAGACCGUGAGUCGUGUGAGCAGAGGGGAGCUGGCAGGGUCGCCUGUUUCAGCCUGUGGCUCCGGAGCUCCUGGCACCAAACACCUGGACUUCUAAAGCUCCCCACAUAGUCGCCAAGGGAAACCAACUACUGGAAAGCGGCUGCCGCUGUCCUCUUCACCACGGUGACCAGGAUGUUCCCACGUCCACGUGAUGUCAGCUGCGAUAACCCAGCCAGCCAUUACCACCUGCCAACGAACCCAGCCAGGAGUGAAGAUCUAAACUUCCACAGCACCGCUGCUCACAUUAACUCCCUUUUCUGGAGGAAUGUACCGCAUAAUGAUGGUUUUUAUUUUAUAUGUUGCAAACAUUUCUGUUCCAGAAUGAGUGGUACCAGAACUGUUCCCUCACCCUUGACUUAGGGAAUUAUUGAAAAUGAGCUAGACUUUGUUCUUGUUUCACUCUCCCUCUGGGAUUUUGAUUUCAGGCGUAAUCAUAAAAUAUUUUACAGUCUUUACAGACUCUGUCUUGGCGAGCAUUCAAUAAUUUAUCUAAGGCUUUCUUUACAAACCAGGAGGCAUCUUCUGUGCUGCUUUACAUCAUUCUGCAAAUUUUCUACAACAUGGAAAGAUGCUUUUUGUGAAAUCCAAUUAAAGGAGGAUGAGUACACAGAA